AUGCUUGAACCACCACAAAGAGGUUCAAUGUGGCGUUUUGGAUUUGAUGUACCAGUUAAUUAUAAUGAUAUGAGUAAUUAUUGUGGUGGAAAAGAAAAUCAAUGGACUGUACAAAAGGGUCGAUGUGGUGUUUGUGGAGAUCCAUUUCAAGGUCCUCGUGAUCAUGAGGAUGGUGGUAUAUAUGCAACAGGUAUCAUAGGUCGUACAUAUGAAUCAGGUACAAUGAUCAAUACAACGAUAGAUAUUACUGCUAAUCAUUUUGGUUAUUUUGAAUUUCGAUUAUGUCCACUUGAUAUGGGCCAUUCUCGUCGACCACGUCGUUUAACUCAACAAUGUCUAGAUCAAUAUCUUUUAAAAAUUGGUCCAAGUGAUUCAAAAUCAAAUGGGGAUGAUACACGUUAUUAUUUACCUCACGGAAAUAAAUCAUAUUUUUAUGUACCUGUUGAGUUACCUGCAGAAAUUAUUUCAUGUGAACAUUGUGUUUUUCAAUGGAAAUAUCAUGCUGGAAAUACAUGGGGAAAAGAUCACAAAGGAAGAAAAUGUUUAGGUUGUGCUGAUCAACAAGAAGAAUUUUAUAAUUGUGCCGAUAUUGCAAUUGUUGAACGAUCACCAAAUGAAUUGAUUACACCAAUUUAUAGUGAUAAUAGCACAACAGCAAGAAAUAGUGAUAAUAUUCAAUGUUUUUCUAAACUAUUAUACUCAUCUACUAUUCGAUUCAUAAUGCCGGCAUAUGGAAUGGACAUUGCUAUAAAACGAAAGAUCGCAGCAAAACGUGAUCCAAAUCUUGAUCGAGAAGUACAAGAAUGGAUUGAAGCGAUAAUUGGUGAAAAAUUUCCGGAUGUUCCUUAUGAAGAAGCUCUUAAGGAUGGUGUCAUUCUUUGCAAACUAAUGAAUAAACUUCAACCAAAUGCUAUUCCGAAAUAUACGACAUCAGGUGGAUCAUUUAAAUUUCGCGAAAACAUUUCACUUUUUCAAAAUGCUGCACGUGACUAUGGUCUAGCAGAUCCUGAACUUUUUCAAACUAUUGAUCUUUUUGAAAAACGCAAUAUUCCGCAAGUAACUCGGUGUUUAUUUGCACUUAGUCGAGAAGCACGUAAAAACAAAUUCGAUGGUCCAUUACUCGGCUCUACAACGACUCAAGCAAAUAUGCCGCAAUUCACGGAGGAAAAAUUAAAUGCUGCCAAUUAA